AUGUUAUAUAAUUAUAUACUUUACGUAUCUGAGAAAUCAACAUACUCAUCACUCUUGCUAAAACUACUAUCUACACCAACGUAUGCCGAUCCGCAAUCUGCUCUCACCGAAUUAUUAAGGAAGAUAAAAUAUAAUUCAUUCACUGUCUCUAAUGGAUGGAAUAUACUUCAAAGAAUUAUUACUGGCUUUCUUGAAUUCGGAGUUUUCUUCUUACAAUUUCUUUCUUGGUGUAAUCAGGAAAAUUAUGACAUGGAUAUUAUGAGUCUUCCAGCUCUACCACUACCAAAAGUGUCAAAUGUAGUGCAGCAAUAUAAAGGAAUUUAUCCACUUUAUCAUAAGCCUCAUCAUGUAUGUGCAUAUCGUGCUUAUCUGUUACUCUGCUCGUGCUUAUAUGUUACCUGA